AUGGCUUCGGAAGCAACACCAAUUGGCUGCAAGGCUGAGAGAAGCGCCGGAGCCAAGAAGCAAAGAACUUUGCGCAUUGGCAAAACCAACAAUGGCUGCUUGAGCCAAGACCCAAAGCCGCCCCCCUCCUCCAAUACCCUUCCUUGGACUCGCACAGGAGGCUCAGUUGAGACCCACGAAGACACAGACGGUGAGGUUGUAUUAGUCACCGUCUCAUCGUGA